AUGCUCGACAAUGAGGACCGUGCUGAAUCGUUCCUAGUCUCGGCGCUUUUGAUUAUCGAGCCCAAUCUCAGUCGCACGACGUUAUCGAAGGCCCUCAGCUCUCAUCCUCGGAUAGCAAGUUCGAAAGGUGGCCAUAAUGGACGGCGCAACACGGUGUUGGAGCUUUCGUUCGAUCGACAGUCGAAGAAUAGGCCCCGUCAUCACCCGUCGCGUGUUGUUAGAACGUACAAGCAUCAACGGUCUAUCCAACGUCGGAAAAUCCUCCGUGAAUCAGACAGACCUUGGCCUUUUGUUGCCCUCUUCAAGCCUGACGUCAACGUCGUCAAGCAGAUCCACGUCGGACACGAAGCCUGUCACUCACCCUUGCCGACAAUGCUCUCGCCACCAUCACCCUCGAGCAGCAUCACACCACUAGGAACAAUUUUGGCCAACGAACGCGAAGCAGAAGCGCGUGAAUCGGCGACGGAGGCUGGGGCGGUUUCGAGUCGAGAAAAGUGCGGUGGUGGUUGUAGAAGCAACUUCGUACAUGUCAGUGGCGAAAACGAAUGGGAAGAGGACCUCGGACAGGUCCUGGCGAUUUCGACCUCGGUCUGGGAGGUAGCACGAGCUCAGGGCGGUUUUAGCAAUCCUGCGCCGAUCGCGUUUGCAACAUCGCUGGCCAGAAUCACUGGCGAGAAACUGGACUCAGACAACCCAUCGUAA